AUGGCACCAAGAGGAAGACCACACAAAAAGAUGGUCGGUAACACGAGAAUGGAUGCUGCUUUGGAUGCAAUGCAACAGUUUGGAUUUAAGGAAAAACUUGUUCGAAAAACGGUUGAGGAGCUUCUUGAUGUUUAUGAAGGAACUCAAGGAUGGCCCUUUAUUGAAGAGGGUUCUUAUAAGCUUCUAAUUGAAACUUUACUUUGCAAUCAACAAACUUGUGUUGAAGACAAGGAUGAUACAAGAAGGGAUGAUGUUUGUGAGACAUCAUCAGCUGCUACUCUCACAACAGGAAUGACUGAAGUUGGCUCCUCCUGUCUUGUGGCUCACGACUCGAUAUCGUGUGCUAGUGAUGAUUUGGACUCUAGAUCUCAAACCAAUGAUCAUCAUCAUGAUUCUGCUCCAACUAUCAAUCGAGAAAUAGGAACUGAUGACAAGGAUACCAAUGUGACAACUAAGAGAGGUGGAAAUCAACAAGACAUUAAUGUCAAAUCUAAAAAUGAUCAAAAUCCAAUGAACAAUGUCAAAGAAAACAAUCAUAAACCAUCUGUUAGCAAUGUUGAAACCACUGUUGUGAAGAAUUCAAUGAUUGAAUCCUCAAAAACAAGUGACAAACUUCCAUGCAAUAGACUUCGUCGACCUUGCCAUGGAUGGAUUAGUAGUGAUGAUACUAUUGACCUUUUAUACUUUCCACCUCCACCAUUACCAAAACAUAUAGAGAAGAUAAUUGGGAAGAUGGAAGAUUCUCAGAUACAAAGGCGCAAGAGUAGAUGGGAUGAAAAACCAGAUGAUAAUAUGUAA